ACAAAUGAUUGACCAAUCAGAUACUUGUGUUUAAAACAGAAUUAAAAAGAUGUUUGUGAAUCCGCCUUCUAACUUUCUCGUCAAAAAGGUUGGGUUGAAAGGAAGCCUUUUCCGAUAUAUAUUUUUCUUCGAAUUGCUUAUAAAUUCGAAGAACCAUGUCCAUCCGACCGAUAUACAGACCGAAAAUCGUCAAAAAGCGAACGAAAAAGUUCAUUCGCCACCAAAGUGAUCGCUAUGAUAAAUUGAAGAGGAACUGGCGUAAGCCUAAGGGUAUUGAUAACAGAGUCAGAAGGCGUUUCAAGGGACAAUAUUUGAUGCCCAAUAUCGGUUAUGGAAGCAACAAGAAAACCCGUCAUAUGCUUCCCACUGGAUUCAAGAAAGUUCUCGUUCAUAACGUCAAAGAAUUGGAAGUUUUGAUGAUGCAGAACAGAAAAUUCUGCGCUGAAAUCGCUCAUGCAGUUAGCAGUAAGAAACGAAAGAUUAUUGUAGAACGCGCUCAACAACUUUCAAUUCGCGUUACGAACCCCAACGCACGUUUGCGUUCCGAGGAGAACGAAUAAAUAUUUGCUAUUUUACAAAUAUAAUUGUAAUAAAAAAAAAUACAAUGUUUUCU